AUGCGUGAUCCAGUCAAAAAUGAUUUAAUCAAUGGUGCCAAGAAACCAUCCAGUAAUAACAAGCACGUUAAAGUAUGGUGUGAUGGGUGCUACGAUAUGGUACAUUUCGGUCAUGCAAAUCAACUGAGACAAGCGAAACAGUUUGGUAAUUAUUUGGUUGUUGGUGUGCAUACGGAUGAAGAAAUCACGUUGCAUAAAGGUCCACCAGUGUUUAACGAAAAGGAACGAUAUCGAAUGGUCAGAGGGAUUAAGUGGGUGGAUGAGGUUGUCGAAGGAGCUCCGUAUGUGACUUCAGUUGCAACGCUCGAUAAAUACAACUGCGAUUUUUGUGUUCAUGGAGAUGACAUAACAUUAACAGCCGAAGGAGUAGAUACGUAUGCUGAAGUGAAAAGUUGUGGUAGAUAUAAAGAAUGCCAACGAACACCGGGUGUUUCAACAACGGAUCUUGUUGGGAGAAUGUUACUUCUAACGAAAUGUCACCACUCGUUGAAUGAUGAAUUGACAGUCGAAAAUAGAGAACGUGCACUGUCGUUGAGUACGGACCAUGAAGCGGUCUCACCGUGGACGCGUGUUUCAAGAUUCUUGCCAACCACUCAAACAAUCAUGCAAUUCGCUGAAGGACAUAUGCCGGCCAAAGAUGACGUGAUCGUUUACGUCUGUGGUGCAUUCGAUUUAUUCCAUAUUGGUCAUUUAUGCUUCCUUGAAGAGGCUCGUAAACUUGGCGAUUACCUUAUCGUUGGCAUUCAUUCUGAUCAGGUUGUGAACGAAUAUAAAGGCGAAAAUCAUCCGAUAAUGUCGCUUCACGAACGCGUUUUGAGUGUUCUUGCUUAUAAACCAGUUUCUGAAGUUGUUAUUGGUGCACCGUAUACGAUCACAAAAGAACUCAUCGAACGCUUCAACGUGCAGAUAGUCGCUAACGGAUCACGUAUUGCCAGUCACGAGUUGCCAGGCGAACCGGAUCCGUUCAAUGUGGCCAAAGAACUUGGCAUCUAUAAGGAGAUUGACUCGGGUAGUGAUAUGACCACAAAUAUGAUAAUCACUAGAAUCAUUGAGCAUCGCCGUGAAUUCGAGAAACGAAACCAGAAGAAAGAGAGGAAAGAAUUGGAAGCGUAUCGAGCGCUGCAAGCGUUCAAGAAUGACAAGAAGGGCGGUGGUGAUACAGAAUCGGCAAUCAUAAAAAUCGAUUUGAAAAACGUUCAGUAA